CUUUGUUACGGCAGGAGAUCAGAGACAUACGGACCAGACCACAAUCAUGCCGGCCCCUCGCGGCCCAGUGCCAGUGCUGGAGAAACGCGACCUCCCCCAGGAAGUCCUCAAUUUGCUCGACGAGAAGCCCACCGUCCACACCAGCGAAGACUUCCCAGAUGUAUCUCAACCAGAGAUCAAGGCCGCAAUUGACAAGCUGAGAUCGCGGUCCAUGCUGCAGUAUGAGACGUCGGACACGGAACAGGUCGUUCUAACUGCCGAGGGCAAGGGAAUCUGUGACGAAGGGAGUCACGAAUAUAAAGUGUGGGAUGCGGUGCGGCAGAGCGGCAGGCUGCCAAUAAAGGAGCUUCCGAGCCAUGUUGGCGCGGACUCGGCGAAGGUGGGGCAGGGAAAUGCCUUCAAGAACAAGUGGAUAAAAAAGGAUGGAGACGCGCUGGUAUUGCUGGCAAAAGAAGUAGAAGACCAAGCCCGGAUCACAUUACAAAACAUACAAGAGACGAAGACAUUGGGUGACGCAAAAUUACUGGCAGACCUUAGGAAGAGGAAGCUCGUCACGCUAUCCAAAGUCAUAAGCUAUACGGUUACGAAGGGACCAAAAUACGCAAAAGAGAUACCGGAGGAGAUUACAGAUCUGACAGCAGAUAUGCUCACGAGCGGCGCAUGGGAGACUGCGAACUUCAAGCCCUACAACUUUAACUCUCUGGGAGCGUCGCAGAAUGCGGGGGCUUUACAUCCUCUGAACAAAGUGCGGACAGAGUUCCGAAACAUCUUCUUCAGCCAGGGCUUCGUUGAGAUGCCUACUGGACACUUUGUCGAGUCCGGUUUCUGGAACUUCGACGCCCUCUUCGUCCCUCAGCAACAUCCAGCCCGCGACAUGCAAGAUACCUUCUUCAUCUCCGACCCUGCCAAGGCCGACAAACCCGGCCCAGAUCCCGAGACAGAAGCUCAGAUGGAUGCUAUGGAAGCAGGAUCCCGUAAGCUCUUUGCCACGGCUACCAAGAAGGAAAUUAAGUCGCGCGAUUAUGAGCAAUACUGGAACAACGUCAAAGAAGUACAUCAGAAUGGUGCCUUUGGGUCUGUUGGCUACAGGUAUCCCUGGUCUGAAGAUGAGUGCCUCCGUCUCGUCCUACGCACACACACCACAGCAGUAUCAACAUGGGUGCUCCACCGACUUGCGGAAGAUCCCAGGCCUGCCCGCUACUUCUCGAUAGACCGCGUCUUCCGGAAUGAGACGGUGGAUGCUACGCAUCUUGCCGAGUUCCACCAGAUUGAGGGCGUGAUUGCUGACUUUGGGCUGACACUGGGCGGCUUGAUGAAGUUCCUGGAGGACUUCUUCUCGAAAAUGGGGAUCGAAGAUCUGCGCUUCAAACCAGCCUACAACCCUUACACCGAGCCAUCGAUGGAGGUCUUCGGAUAUCAUGUGGGGCUGAAGAAGUGGGUUGAGAUCGGAAACAGUGGCAUGUUCAGACCAGAAAUGCUGGAGCCUAUGGGUCUUCCCAAGGACUUGCGGGUGUACGGAUUUGGGUUGAGUUUGGAACGGCCGACCAUGAUCAAGUAUGGAGUGAGCAACAUCAGGGAGCUUCUGGGUCACAAGGUCGAUCUUGACUUCAUUGAGAAGAACGCGGCUGUGCGGCUGGAGAAGAAUUAGGAGUGGAGAUUCCCGUCCAUGGUACUCGUAGACCGAGCUAGGGGGUUGUGGCACUUUUCGACUAGUCGAAUGAGGGUAGACUACAGCUUAGAACUGUCAAAAUCCAACAUAUGUACCCUAUUUCCGAGCGCUGUUAUGGCAUUCGUAGGGUGACUUUGGUCAAUCAGAACCGAUAGAUCGGUUACCGAAGCCUUUGGUGCGUGUCCAUGUUGCUCCGAGGACGGCGGUAUGUCCUCAGAACAGGACGAGUCAAGAAGUGCUCUUGGUAGCCUUAGUCUCAUGUUGUCCUCCGUUGUUGCCGUUCUUCAAUCUUAGCUGCUAACUGCGCAUCUCCCUUCCCUUUCCACUCCCUAUAAUUCGACGAGACACCCUUUAUCCGCUCC